GCUUUCAUUUCGGUUUAACUGCUUCAGGUAGGUUUGAGAAAAAAGGGUUUUCAUCAACUAGGAAAAAGGCUGAAAAAGAACCAUAACAUUUGCCAGUGAGACUGUUUUAUAGCCACAAUACUUGCCUAUUUCUGUAAAGGGAAAAAAGAACAGCACUACUGAUCUCUAUGAGAAGCUGGAAUAAGGAGGCACUGGCUCUAAAACGAGUCUGAAUAAGAAGAUGGAGGUGAGGGGCACUGCAUCCUCUCCAGAACCCAGCUGUGUGUCUAUCAAGAGUAACAGAUCCAUGCACUUCCCCCCUCAACUCAGUGAUGGAGCAGUGACCUCUGACCCUGGCAGUGAUGAACUGAUUCAGGUUCAGUCCAGAUGUUGCAUUUGUGAGCAGGUUCUGAGAGAUCCGGUCUCUAUCACAUGUGGACACAGUUUCUGCAGACACUGCAUCAGUGACUACUGGGAUCAGUCCAGACCAUCAGAAGACUUUGACUGUCCUCAGUGCAGAAAGAGAUCCAGAACACGUCCUGCUCUACAGACACACAGAGUCAAAAGAGGAUCCAGUUCUGCUGAUUCUCCUCACUGUUAUACACAAGCAACCCUGCAGAGGGAGACUAAAGAUCUGCAGAAGCCAGUAGAUGACGAAGUACAGAGAGUCAAAGACCAAUUCAAAACCAGAAUGAAGAAAAAGUAUGAGAUAUUAUUUGAGGGAAACAAACUCCAAGAGAAUGAAACCCUCCUGAACAGGAUUUACACACAGCUCUACAUUAUAGAGGGAGAGAGUGAAGGAGUGAAUGAAGAACAUGAGGUUUUACAGAUGGAGAAAACAGCCAGAACACAACACUCAAAAGACACUACAAUCAACUGCAAUGACAUCUUUAAAGCAUCACCUGAACCAGGAUGUGAGGAGAAAGACCAAAUCAAGACUGUUAUUACUAAAGGCAUCGCUGGAAUCGGAAAAACCGUCUCUGUGCAGAAGUUCAUUCUGGACUGGGCCGAGGGAAAAGCCAAUCAGGAUGUAGAUUUCAUGUUUGUGCUUCCAUUUCGAGAGAUGAAUUUGAUCCGAGAUCAUCACUACAGUCUUCACAGACUUCUGCUGGACUUUCAUCCUGAACUUCAAGAUCUGGACUCAAAGAUUUAUGAGGAGUGUAAAGUUGUGUUCAUCUUGGAUGGUCUGGAUGAAAGCAGAAUCAAACUGAUGUUUUCAGAUCCUCAGAAAAUUUCUGAUGUGACUGAGACUUCAUCAGUGGGUGUGUUGAUGUCAAGCCUCAUGAAAGGAGAGCUGCUUCCCUCUGCUCUCAUCUGGAUCACCUCCAGACCAGCAGCAGCCAAUCAGAUUCCCUCCAAAUACAUCAACCGUCUGACAGAAAUUCAAGGAUUCAGUGAGCCUCAGAAGGAGGAAUAUUUCAGGAAGAGAAUCAGUGACGGUCAUCAAGCCAGCAGAAUCAUCUCACACAUCAGAAGAGCAAGAAGUCUCCACAUCAUGUGCCACAUACCCGUCUUCUGCUGGAUCUCAUCCACUGUGCUUCAGAAGCUCCUGAAAGAAGAUCUGAAUGCAGAAAUCCCUCAAACUCUGACUGAAAUGUACAUCCACUUCCUGCUGAUUCAGAUCAACAUGGGGAAUCAGAAGUAUGAAGAAAGAGAUCCAGAGAAACUCCUGCAGUCCAACAUAGAUGUGAUUGUGAAACUUGCUGAAGUGGCUUUCAAACAGCUGAUGAAGGGCAAUGUGAUGUUCUAUGAGGAGGACCUGAGAGAGAGCGGUAUAGAUGCCACUGACGCCUCAGUGUAUUCUGGGAUUUGCACUGAGAUCUUUAAGGAAGAAUCUGUGAUUAAUCAGAGGAAAGUCUACAGCUUCAUUCAUCUGAGCAUCCAGGAGUUUCUUGCUGCUAUCAAUGUGUUUUACCAUUACAUAAUCAAAAAUGUUGACACAUUGCAGUUUAUAGAUGUAGUGCAUAAUCUGCUUAGAAGUGCAGUAGAUAAAGCUAUUGAGAGUGAGAAUGGACAGCUGGAUCUGUUCCUGCGGUUCCUGCUGGGAGUCUCACUGGAGUCCAAUCAGAGACUCUUGCAUGAUCUACUCACACACACAGAGAACAGCUCAGAGAGCAUCAGGAGAACCACACAGUACAUUAAAGAGAAGAUCAAAGAUGGACAUGGACUCUCCACUGAAAGAUCCAUCAAUCUGUUCCUCUGUCUGCUGGAAGUGAAAGAUCAGACUCUGUCCAGAGAGAUUCAGGAGUUUGUGAAAUCAGACAAACACCCAGUGAAGAAGCUCUCUCCUGCUCACUGCUCAACAAUCGCCUACAUGCUUCAGAUGUCAGAGGAGGUGCUGGAUGUGCUGGACCUCAAGAAAUACAACACAUCAGAUGAGGGUAGAAGAAGACUAAUACCAGCUGUGAUCAACUGCACAAAAGCUAUUCUUUCUGGCUCCAAUCUCACUGGUCAGUCAUGUGAAAUUAUGGCAUCAGCUCUAAAAUCCUCAAACUGUGUCCUGAGAGAACUGGACCUGAGUAACAAUGACCUGCAGGAUUCAGGAGUGAAGUUUCUCUCUGAUGGACUGAAGAGUCCAACCUGUCAGCUGGAGAUACUGCGGUUGUCAGGCUGUAUGGUGACAGAGGAAGGCUGUGGUUAUAUGUCUUCAGCUCUGAGUUCAAACUCCUCACACCUGAGAGAGCUGGAUCUGAGCUACAAUCACCCAGGACAAUCAGGAGUCCAGCUUCUUAAUGACAAACUGAAGGAUCCAAACUGCUCACUGCAGAUACUCAAUUUGGAUCAUGGCGAACAUUUCUGGAUCAAACCAGGACUACGAAAAUAUGCCUGUGAUCUCACACUGGAUCCAAACACAGCAAACACUCAACUUGUCCUGUAUAAUGGGAACAGAAAGACAAAAUAUGUGGAAGCUCAUCAGCCAUAUCCUGAUCAUCCAGAGAGAUUUGUUGAUAUUCCACAGGUUCUGAGUCGAGAAAAUCUGACUGGACGCUGUUACUGGGAGGUUGAAUGGAGAUCUUGGGCUCGUAUAGCAGUGGCCUGUAAAGGAAUCAGCAGGAAAGAGACUGUCUCUAAGUUUGGAUACAAUGACAAAUCCUGGUGUCUUUUCUGCACUGGUAAUGGAUUUGUUGUCUGGCACAAUAAUGAGAGCACUAGCAUACCAACCCAUGUACCAAAAUCUAAUAGAGUAGGAGUGUAUGUGGACGUGUCGGCUGGCACUCUGUCCUUCUUCAGCGUCUCUGACACACACACACUCACACACUUACACACAUUCAACACCACAUUCACUGAACCCCUCUAUGCUGGAUUUAAGGUUUUUGAGUCUAAACUGUCUCUUUGCCAGAUUACACAACAGACACACUUAAAUGUAGACCACUAGUGUCUCUCUCAGAGCUAAGAGGAAUUUAAAAGUUAGAAAUA